AACGUCGUGUUUCGACGUGAUGCCGUCCUCUUCCUGUUUGUAGUUUUUCAUCUUCAAACUACAAAGCAGCAUCCUGUUGAUGCCAGUGAACAUGAGCUCGGCGGGGAGUCGUCGCUUGGUGGUGACUCUGCGCUUCUCUUCGCCCAUUUGCGCUCCUUGAAAGCCCGUCGCUUGUGUCCGGACCGCGGCAGCGAUGUGCCAGGAGGGGGGCGAGGCGAGGGAGGACUGCGGCUCCCGGGAGGAGUGGACGCUGCUGUUCUGGACCUCUCUGGCCGUCAUCGUCCCGGUCAUCCUUACGCUGUGGUGCAGCGCGCAGCGCUCCAAGAGGAAGACCUACAUGAAGGAGUUCUUCCGGAAGAGCAAACACGGCUGGCACUACACGGACCUCUUCAACAAGCCCACCUACUGCUGCGUCUGCUCGCAGCACAUCCUGCACGGAGCUUUCUGCGACUGCUGCGGCGUGUGCGCCGACGAGCAGUGCCUGCGCCGGGCCGACAGGAGCCUCCCCUGCAAAGAGAUCAUGGCCCCGUCUCGCCCUGACGGAUCCACGGAGCACCGCUGGGUCCGCGGAAACGUGCCGCUGGCGAGUUACUGUGCUGUGUGCAAGCAGCAGUGUGGGACUCAGCCUAAGCUCUGCGACCUCAGGUGUGUCUGGUGUCAGACCACAGUCCACGACGACUGCAUGGACGGCUUAGAGGACGCAGAAACGUGUGACCUGGGCGAGUUCCACAGCCUCAUCAUCCCGCCUCACUACCUCUACCUUGUCAACAAGCUGCGCCGCCGGCACCCUGACGAGUUCACCAAGCUGGGGGCUUCCUGUGGCAGUAGCUGGACUCCUGUGUUGGUGUUGGCCAACACACGGAGCGGCAACAACAUGGGGGAGGCUCUGCUGGGAGAGUUUCGAACGCUCCUCAACCCUGUGCAGGUGUUUGACCUUUCUGAGCUGACUCCUUCCAAAGCCCUCCAGCUGUGCACCCUGCUGCCCCCGGGCAGGGUCCGGGUGCUGGUGUGUGGAGGUGAUGGCACUGUGGGCUGGGUCCUGGACGCAAUAGAUGCAAUGAAGCUCAAGGACCAAGAUCAGUUUAUCCCCAGGGUGACCAUCCUUCCUCUGGGGACAGGAAACGACCUUUCCAACACUCUGGGCUGGGGAGCCGGGUACGCUGGGGAGAUCCCAGUGGAGCAGGUUCUCCGUAACGUUCUGGACGCAGAAGUGGUGAAAAUGGACAGAUGGAAGGUCCAAGUAGCGUCAAAGGGGGUCUACUUUCGGAAACCAAAGGUUCUUUCCAUGAACAACUACUUCUCUGUGGGUCCGGAUGCUCUGAUGGCGCUCAACUUCCACGCCCACCGUGAGAAAACACCCUCAUUCUUCUCCAGCCGCAUCAUAAACAAGGCCGUGUACUUCCUGUAUGGCACCAAAGAUUGUUUAGUGCAGGAAUGUAAAGAUCUGGAUAAAAGGAUUGAGCUGGAGCUGGACGGGGAGAGGGUGGUGCUGCCCAGCCUGGAGGGCAUCAUCGUUUGCAACAUCGGCUACUGGGGAGGAGGCUGCCGGCUCUGGGAGGGGAUGGGAGACGAACCCUGCCCCCCGACUCGGGUGGAUGACGGGCUGCUGGAGGUUGUGGGUGUGUUUGGUUCUUUCCACUGCGCUCAGAUCCAGGUCAAGUUGGCAAACCCUGUGCGAUUGGGACAGGCACACACCGUCAGGCUGGUUCUGAAGAACUCCACCAUGCCCAUGCAGGUGGACGGGGAGCCUUGGGCUCAGGGGCCCUGCACCAUCACCAUCACCCAUAAGACCCAGACCUUCAUGCUGUACCACAGCACAGAGCAGACAGACGAUGACGACGACGAGUCCAGCGCCUCCGAGCCGGAGAGCCCGGCCCCCCAUGACUCCCCAAGCCCACGUGGUUGACUACUGUGCAAGCAUGAUGCGCCUCAGGCGUCACGAGAUCCUGAAACGCCUCUUAUCUUGGUUUCUGUUUUACAGUCCGACUUCACUGGUCCGCCGUCUGCUCGAGUUUGUCUCCACUUCAUACACCGAGUCUCGGUUUUGAAUCCUUGUUUUGUGUUCUUUGUCCUUUAUCUUCGAACCGUCAUUUGUUGCAGCUGAGAGCUCAGGCAUUUGCUAUCUGGACCAGUCAGGCAUGUUGAGGAAAGCUUUCUGUUUAUUUGCACUGAUCCCUCGUGCCAUGUAGAUUAUAGAGUCUAGAGAUAACUGUGCUGUAUUUAUUCUGCUAUAUUUAAAACCGAGUGUUCCUUUUAGUGAGCCAAAUUUAACUUGUUCUCCUAGCCCUCUAAAAGCCAUGUCAGACCUGCAGCAGGCUAUGAAAAGCUGAUACAAGGAAGAGUCGUGUAAGAGAUGACGGACGUCAUCAACUCUCAGUGAUUCAUCUUACGUUUCAUGGUCUAAACCAAGCACAAAAGAAAGCUCUCUCUUGUGUCUGUUGCUGAAACUUUGAACGUUUGCCAAAAGAUCCAUGAAGGUGACAGAAUGGCCACCGCCAAGAUUCAGUAACUUGCAGACGUAUUCUUGCACCUCGGAGCUUUCCACAUUUUGUCAAGUUACAAUGAGAGAUGUCGGUGUGUUUUACUGGGAUUUGAUGUGAUAGACGAGCAUAAAGUCCAGCAUAACUAUGAAAUGGAAGGGAAGUGGGAGAGUUUUCAAGUUUUUAACGAAAAUAUAAAGUGUUGGGAAUACAUUUGUAUUCAUAACCCUGAGUAGAGGCUGUGCUUCCAGUUUUUUGGGAGCUGCCUCUCCUGUACCCCAAUCCUUCUUCCAAGCAACUCUGCCCAUCAGUCCAAACAUCUCCACAGCACACAGGACAUCAUUUCUAUCUCUAGAUGACUACUGAGAGCAGUAAGUUGCUCCCAGAAUUUUGAAAAACAUGAUUAAUUUUCAUUCGCCUUCAAACACAUGUACUGUUUUCUGUUGGCCUGUCACAUCAAACCACAAUAAAACAUACUCAAGUUGGAAAUGUUACAGUUUUCACCUUUUAAUCAUGAGACGCUGCUCCUUUAGUUCGCAUCUUUGGAGCAAUUUGAGAAGCUUUCCCCAUGUGCGGAAUAUUCAGAUUCACUAGAUGUCCCUGCAGGAAACGGGCCGACUCGUUGAGGGUUGAUAUAAAAGCACUGCCAAGUCGAUAUGGAACUACUUUGUCAGCAUGUAAAAAAAAAAAAAAAAAACUUCUUUCCUCAUCUUUGCAAACUGUUUACAUACUUUGUGUUGCACUCGAACAUAACUCCUAUCCAUGUUACUGCUAUAAAUUAUACCUGCUGAUGAAAUUUUACAUUGUGCAAGCGGUCCUUCAGCUUCUCGUGUAUUACCUGUUCUCACCACCAGGGGACAGUAUUUAGCGAUAGAGCUUUUCAGACCCCUUUAGUUCAGUAGUUGCAGCAUCUGUUGCGUGUACCUCCAUGUGUUGCUCGGGGUGAGGCUGUUGCACUUCGUGUUUGUCGGAAAUCCUGGCGCUGGCAGGAUUCCUGGCGCUCCGAGCCAUAUCAGGAAAAGUCUGUAGGAUGUCUGGUUAAAGGUUUGCUGCAGCAGGCUUUGAGAUUGAACAGGAUCAAUAAUUAACCAUGAUGAUGCCUUGCUGGACGACACCUGCUUUAUCUUUUAAUAUGCGUCUACCAGAGCUUUGUGUUGUGAUGAAGCAGCAUUUAUGAAGCUCAAACUGCAGGAUUCUCCCAGUUUCCUUUUGUAAAGCUGAUUUGACAUUUUUUUGCAGGAUGGCGUCAUUUGCUGGGCCAGACUGCCCUCCUGUGCAUUUAUGAGAUUUUAAGCUGGCUUGUAAACAGUAUUGCUUUAAAGCUAAAAUGUCAGUGACAGAAAAGCAGCUUCAGCUUUAAAAACUCCACUAAAUGACUUGAAAUACUUGUAUAAUCAACUACUUACUUUUCUGCUGUCAAAAUUGCUUUAAGAAUCUAAUGAUAAUCAGCAACUUUAGGAAGACUUGUGUGAUCCCAGUUUACUACAAACUACCAUGAAACAGAGCUCAGAGGAAAACAAGCGUUUAUUGCCAACAAUCAUAAAAAAAAUGUCUGUUUACAAAAUGUGACAAGAACCAACUUUGAUUGAGAUGAAUGUAAAGAGGUGAUGUUUUGAAUUUGAAGACAUUCCCAUAAAUAUUUUCAUACAUA